CGGCGCUGUACAAUUCCUUCCUCUCCGCCGAUGCAACGCUCGAUCCCGGCGUGCGCAUCUCCUUCUCCGACCGCAUCCACCCGCAGCCGUCGCCUGCAAGCUUAGUAGCUAGCCGUGCCCGACUGCCCGUGCAUCACCAACGCUACGUACGCCUACGUACAGAUCCAUCCCGCCCAUAUAUUCCGACACCAGGCCAGCAGCUCGCCGCAGGUCCUUCUCUUCGUAGCCAUUGUUGCCUAGUUAGACAGCUCGCCGCACGUCUCGUUGUUUUCAUCCAUGUACGCGGCGCCGACGGCAGCAACGACGAUGCCGCCAGCCGUGACCCACGACGACCUGUCCCUGCGCAAGGCGCAGGAGCGGCGCGCCACGCGGUCCAGCGGCCAGGUCGCCGUGUCCCUCGUCGCGCUCUCCGUGCUCUGCGGCCUCGUUGCCUUCAUCCUCUGCCUCGCCGCCGAGGGGUCGCGCUCAGAGGUGUCGCACUACCUCAUGAGCGUGGGCGGUAGCAAGGACCAGCUGGACGUGUGCGUCUACAACAGCAGCGGCCGCCUCGCGCUCGCGUACGCCGUCGGCGCCUUCAUCCUCCUCGCCGUCGCCAUGUUCGCCGAGCACGCCUACAUGCUGGUCGCCGUCGCCGCCCCGGAGUCCGCCUCCGCCGGCAUGGCCGUCGCCCAGGACCACCCGCGCGUCGCGUCCACCGCCGCCGCGCUCACCUGGCAGACGGGCUGCCUCUUCUUCCUCACGUGGAUUUGCUUCGGGCUUGCCGAGGUGAUGCUCAUGAUCGGCAUCGCCGUGGAGUCCGGCCACAUGAGCGACUGGCGGAAGCCGCGGCCCGUGUGCCACCGGGUGCGCCCGGGGAUGUUCGCGGCAGCGGGGAUCCUGGGGCUCAUCACCGUCGUGGUCGGCUUCGUGGUCUACAUCACAGCUGUGCAGGCACAGCGGCUGAGGGGACAGCAGUACCAGCACGGCGGCGGUCACUUCGUCGGCUACGGCGCUCCCCAUCCGGGCGCCCAGCACCAGCACCAGCACCUGCGCCCGCCAGUGCCGCACCCACACGGGCCACACCCUCAUCCGGUGCCGUCCGCGCCAGGAGCGCCGGAGAUAACAGCGGCGCCGUGCCAAGUGCAACCCAGCUGUGCGUCUUUCAUCACCAAGGAGGCCUUCGACGUGUGAAAAGGCUAGUCAGAAAGACCAAAACGUCAAACGGGAGCGCCCAGCCCCAACUACGGCUAUAUUCUUUGCCUCCUUGUUUAAGUUUAUUUGUUUAUUGGACCGAGGUAUUGCUUUGUAAAUGUCAAAAAAAACACAUAACUGUUGAGCGGAAAUUUGUUGUA